GGCUUCUCAGAACUGCGUUGGGAAGACCAGGAAAAAAUUAAAAAACACAUAGAAAGUGGAGGAGCUGCAGCAGGCAAAGGUGGCCAAGAGGGAGGCGGCAAACGUGAAAAAAGUUUAAAUGAUUUUGCAGCAGAAUAUGCAAAGUCCAAUAGAAGUACUUGCAAAGAUUGUGAACGAAAGAUAGAAAAGGGUCAGAUCAGAAUCUCAAAGAAAAUGGUGCUUGCUGAAAAGCCACAGCUGGGGAUGAUAGACAAUUGGUACCAUCUUGACUGUUUCAGUAGCCGCAGAACAAAUCUGGGUUUUCUUCCUACUUUUAAUGCCUCUCAGAUCCAGGGCUUUGAGCUCCUGAAGGCAGAAGACAAAGAAAUUCUAAAGAAGCAGCUACCAUCUGUCAAGAAUGAAGGAAAGCGAAAGGGAGAUGAGGUGGAUGCAAAUGUGAUCUCAAAAAAGAGACCCAAGAAAGAGAAAGAAAAAUUAUUGAAACAAGAAAAGCUGUUAAAG